AAACACCCCCCAUCUCACCUUCCCUCCAGCUUGAAACCAACCUGGACUCCCUGCUGCCCAAUUUACCAACUCUGACUGUUCCUUUUCUUCUUGUACGUCUUCGACUGCUGUCCAUGCUGCCUCCAUGAUCCUUUUGUUCUCCCACAGCCGCAUUCCAUUUCUUUCGAGUGCGAGUGUAUGUGCAUGUGAUUCUCCUGCAUCGUGCCCAUCCAAUCAAACAGCGCAACCUUGAUUACCAUUGCCACCACCCUCCCUCACUGAUUCCCUACACAUCCGAUCUUCCGUUGCCUCUGAGAGCCCGUUCUUCAACAGGCUGCAAUGGCAGGACGCCGCUACGACGACGUUGUAUAUGAAGAUCGUCGCGAUUAUUCCUCUAGAGGCAGUCGAAGAGGUUACGAAGACCGCUAUACCGACGAUGAAAUCGAAUACCGCCGACAGGCUGCCCCUCCCGUGAGGGAAAGAGAGAGAGAAGUCUUGAUUCGAGACGAUGUCCGAGGGCGAGCCAGCAACACCCCCUCCUUCAUGAAAGAAGACUAUGGCCGUACAACAGCCGGCCCAAUGGUUCUUCGAGCUCGUGAACGAGAGGACUUUGAGUUUGUCCCUCGUCGUCGAAGGACGCCUUCUCCUGAACCCGAACGCAAGACCGAGAGGGAAGAAAUCAUCAUAGAGCGAAGGGAAGAGUCAGAAUCCAGGCCACCUCCUCGGGUGCGGGAAAGGGACCGGGACUACGAACGUGAAGAGAUCAUCAUCAGAAAGGAGGACGCCACACGAGAUGCACGACCGCCUCCCCCAAAAGAAGUCAACGGUUCUCGCGAGGAGAUCAUUAUCCGCCGCGAAGAAAAAGAUGGAGAUCGUCGACCUCGAUUUGAUGACGAUGACAUGGUCUCUAUCAGAAGAAGCGACUUUGACAGGAGGCCUGCUAGAAGUGAAGUCGACCGAGAUGAAAUCAUCAUUCGCCGCGAAGAAGAAAGGUUGGACCCUGUUCGGGCUUACGAUGACUACACGCUGGGUAGGAGAGUGUCCCACGAGCGAGCCAGAUCUCGAGCUCGGCGAUCCAGUAGUGGCUCCGGUCAGGAGAUUGUUAUUCGCAAGGACGAGAUCAGAGGACGCAGUGGAGAGCGAGAAAAGCAGGAGAUUAUCAUUCGCAAGACCUCACGCUCAAGGUCCCCAUCGCUGUCAUCCGCCCCAGCCCCGCCACCUCCAGUGCCUGAACCACAGGUCAUCCAUGCUCCCACCAUCCAUCAAGAAGUCAUCACCCAUCAUCGACAUAUUGAUCACGGCUAUGAGGUCUCGGUUCAGACAAGACCUCGCGUGGUGUCGCGACCACCAUCGCCGCCGAGCCCUCCUCUGAGUGCUCCCAUUCCCGCUCCUGUCCGCAAUCGUUCCGAGGAACGGAUUCAAAUCAGUCGCACACAAACUCGUAACGGACGUACCGAGAACGAGGACAUUGUCAUUGACCGCAAUGAAGGGCCUGCCGGGCCCAGGAGUGUUGCUCACCACUCACCACCUCCUCCCGUUCGUGACCCCUAUUACGAUGUGCCACCUGCUCGAAGAGAUCCUCGAGGAUUUGACCGCGAGAUACAAGAAGAAGCCGACUAUUAUAACAACAAAGCUCUCGAACGAGCUUAUAUCGGAGAAGCUUAUCAUGGUGCCACCAAAGACUGGGCUCUUGUUGAUGUCCCUCCCGGCACAUCUCGCGUUCGCAUGGAAGGGGCAGGAGGUGGAGGUCAGGAAAUCACAUGGCAACGUUAUAACGGCGUUCGCCGUAGCAAAUUCUUUCCCAACGGCGGUGACGAAGCACUCGGGAACGAACUCGGCAGGCCAAUCCCCCCUCCCAUUCACGAUCUCCGUCCUCUUCCAGCUCAACAUGGUGAAAUUGGUCGCCGGUAUGGGAAGGAAGGCAACCCCACCGACGGACUAUGGACUGAAGUGACCAAAGAUCUGGUGGUCAGGGAGGCCAUCCAGGAGAUGGGCUAUGAAUUCGAAGAGACCAGCGACUACUAUUAUAUCAUUGCUUAUCUGACAUAUGAAGACAUGGUCCGUCUGGUCGGCCUAUCGGAGGAUAUUCGCAAAGAGCGAAGGCAACGGGCCAGGGAAAUAGAAUGGGAGAACAGAGCCCUACCCCCUCCAAGACCAGAGUCAAGACCUCUGGCUAUCGAGCCUCCUCCGCCUCGACCUCGACAGGAAUGGGACCGAGAAGAGGAGAGAGUUAUCGAACGUGAGGUGAUAUACCGGGGUGGACGUCCGCCUCCACCCCCUGGUUGGAGACGUUGAGAGACGAACGACAAGACAUCAACCCAUCUGUCAUCUCUACCUAUCAAUUAUAUUUUGCUUAAGAAGAUGAGUCACCUAUGUGUCAAACACGACCAGCAACGGCGAUACCACAGCAUUACUUUUAACGACCUGAACCGUCAACGAUUUCACGACUGAAACGCAGCGAACAUUAUAUCACAUGAUGUCUGUCUUUUAUCCGUCAUUAUGAGCGAUUAUUUCUUACACAUCCUGGUAGUGUUUCGGCAGGCUUUGGAAUGUUUGAUAUCGAUGCCAAGCUUGAGGCGAGUCGAAUGUAGUCUCGAAUUGAUGGUGGAAAGAUUGUUUGAUAAAAGAGAUCAGGGUUUGGCAGUUAGUGAGAAGAGAUAUCCCGGGUCAAACUAGAACGUCGACUUAGAUACGAGAUAGCUUUCAAGAUGACAUGGAAUAACCAG